CUCACUACUCAGGAAAAGUGCCUUGGUCAGUGCAAGACGGUACGCAGAAGCCUGCCCGGCUAAGGGAUGCCAAUGCCGACCCUCGGACGCCAAACCCCCCAUCAAGCCUCGGAUUAACCGCUCGCCGAGCUGGAGGACCGAUUUGCCUCGGUCCAGCAUGGCCACGCGCUGAUCUCAUCGCCAUAUUUAGGUUAAGCAUGACGGGAGCAAGCAACUCAUUCUCCUUGAUCCUGUUCAAUCCUCGACAAUGCCACCGCCUGCUGUCCCAACCCCAGAGUGGGUGAAGAAACUAACGCCUUCGGGCCCCCAAGGCCACGAGCUUCUCGCCCAGGAGCGCGCAAAGAGUACACUCCCUGUCCAGAACUUAUCUACCUUUCUUUUCACCGAGGAAGUCUUAGAACGCAAGCGCCGCAUCUUGGAGAUUUUGACGAAAGACCCUGUAUUCGACAAGUCUAAUAAUUACUUUGCUGGCCGCAUCGACCGCUUCGAGGCUGCUCUCGCAAGAGCCAAGAGGCUGCGCCAGCUGACAGUGGACCAUGGCUGGACAGAUGACGAAUUCCACAUGGCUUCAGAUCUGCUCAACGAGCCGACACCAUAUGGUCUUCACGCAUCGAUGUUCACUGUUACUUUGCGCGAUCAAACAACACCGGAACAACAAGAGCUCUUCUACAAGAAGGCAAAGAACUACGAGUAUAUUGGUUGCUACGCGCAAACAGAGCUCGGUCACGGCAGUAAUGUGAGAGGGCUAGAGACUACGGCCACCUGGGACCCAGCCACCAAGACCUUCGUGUUGAAUUCUCCAACCUUGACUUCUGCCAAAUGGUGGGCUGGAUCGCUUGGUAGGACGGCAACGUGGGCUGUGGUGAUGGCGCAGUUAAUCAUAAACGGAAAGUCGUUCGGCCCUCACCCUUUCGUUGUUCCCAUACGAGAUAGGAAAACGCACCAGCCCUUCCCAAACGUGUCAAUUGGGGACAUAGGACCAAAGUUUGGCUAUAAUACGAUGGAUAACGGCUUUCUGCUCUUCAAUCAUUACCGCAUUCCACAUAUUAACAUGCUUUCGAAGUUCGCGGGAGUCGACCCUAAGACUAACAAAUACAUCCGCCCCGCAAAGGCCUCGCUGGUGUACCAAACCAUGACCUGGGUCCGAAGCACAAUCGUCGUUCAAGCGGGCUCUGUGCUUGCCCGCGGGGUCACAAUCGCCACAAGAUACUGCUCUAUCCGGCGCCAAUUCCAGGAUAGGGACGCCCCACCCGGGGAGAAGCUCGAGACGCAAGUCCUUAACUACACGAUGGUUCAGAUACGUCUACUACCGCUUCUUGCUGCAACGUUCGCGCUCCAUUUCACUGGCAAGAACAUGAUGGCCCUCUAUAAAGCCAACCAAAAAAAGAUGCAAGAAACGGAUAACGGGAAUACGACUUCACCCCAACGCAGUCCUGGCCCUGAAGAACUACGUCCUAGCAGCGACCUCAUGGCUGAUCUACAUGCCACGUCUUGUGGCCUGAAGUCUCUGUGUAGCUCCAUUGCCGCUGAGGGUCUCGAAUCCUGCCGUCGAGCCUGUGGGGGCCAUGGCUACAGCUCUUUUAGUGGGAUUGGACCGUUUUACGCUGACUACCUGCCCACGAUAACCUGGGAAGGGGACAACUUCUUGUUAACUCAAAUGGUGGCGCGCUUUCUCCUCAAAUCCGCGCGCAGCGUUCUGAAGGGCGAACCUCCCACUAAUGACACGACACGCAACCUUCAAAAUUUCCUUGAAAAGUCCGAAAUGGGAGCAGCCUUUGAUAUAUUGGGCAAAGAUGAAGACAUCGUGGCAGCCUUCGCUUGGCGUGCGGCCUACUUGACCUUCGAAGCGCUCAAGCGCCGCGACGAGCAAAAAACUCCCUGGAACGACUUACUUGUGGACUUUUUCCGCCUAAGCAAAGCGCACUCCCAAUACCUCGUUGUGCAAAGCUUUUAUACUGGGCUACAAGAACCAUCCACGCAGCAGGAGCUAGACCCCGAGACCCUGGCCCUGAUGCACAAGCUGUUCCGACUGUACGCGCUGCAUACGCUCGAGAGCGAGGCCUCCGAGUUCUACAGCUCGAGUGCGGUGACAGUGCGCCAGAUCCAGCUUGCUCGCACCAAUGCCGUCAUGAAGCUGCUUGCCGAGAUACGCCCUCAUGCCGUGCGCCUUGUCGACGCCUGGGAUUUCCCCGACUGGCAGCUCGAUAGCAGUUUGGGACGGUACGACGGAAAGGUAUAUGAAGACUUGUUCUAUCGCGCCAGCGAGCUCAACCCGCUUAAUGCGGUCACGAUCGACCCCUACCCGAAUAGCGGUGUUUUGUUCAAGUCGGACAAGAGCUCUCAGUUCAAGAGCAAGCUGUGAUGAGACAAUGAGGUAUGUGGGAUGUGGCGCUAUGUUAUGUGGCUAGGUACGUUCGUUUCUGUUGCAUGUUAUGAUGUACAGCAUGUCUAGCUUGAGGUAGGGGAGUAGAGAGAUUUCCUCGUCUAUUUUUAUUAUGUAUUUAUUCGUUACCACGACACAAGUUAAAGUACAUAGGUAGCGCGCUUGUCCGCCACGACAUG